AUGAACACAUUCGACUCAUCGGCGCCGCCUCCGACAGGUCCAAGGACCUCUGGAGGAGCCAAAGACAACCAGUCAUCAUCACGUUCGCACACAGAUUCAGCCCUGUCAUCAUCCUUCGGCAGCACCCGGUCCCACUCAAACUCCUCGUCCCGAAAAAAUGCGCGUAACCAGAACCCACUUCAGAACCCAUCCCAGUCCAAUGAGUCAACCCCAAUCAACACAGCCGGUCCCGCGGAGCGGAACUAUCACUCAAAGACGCCCCCCCUAAACAACGAGAACGGUGCCAAUGGCGCCCAACCAAUCUACCAAGCCCCGGUGCCCGAACCCAAACAGACUUGGUAUGGCCGACUUGCAGAUCAAUACGGCAGCCUCGAGCUAGACAACAAAGGCAGUGUAGCCCGCGACCACCUCGCAUUAGAACGAACCUUCCUAGCCUGGAUGCGCACAUCCUUAGCCUUCGCUUCAAUCGGCAUCGCAGUAACACAACUCUUCCGCCUGAACAGCGCUACCCCGAAGACACAAGCCCAAUCCUUUGACCUAUCAUCCGGCUCACACGGUGACAUCCUCGCACCACACCUCGCCUCGGCUGGCUACGAUUCAGCCGAGUUUCACAUUACUGCAUCCGCCCGUCUUCGUAGCGUGGGUAAACCUCUCGGCUCGACUUUCAUCGGAGUGUCAAUCCUUAUCCUUGCUGUUGGCUUCCACCGCUACUUCCAGAGUCAGUAUUGGAUUAUUCGGGGGAAGUUCCCCGCUAGUCGGGGCAGUGUGGCACUUACGGGGCUUGUGGCUGCUUCGCUGAUUGUUGCUACGCUUGCGGUUAUCUUGGCGGUUUCGCCGGGGGCUGUUGAGACCUAG